AUGAAGAUCUCCGAGAAAAAAAUGAACCAAUGUACUGCAGCUGGAGUUGGGACCCGAGCGGGCCGGAAGGACCCCGCAGCCGAGAGAACGCCGAGUCCCCGGCUGCGCCAUAGCGACCCGAGGAGGCCGCCGAGGGGACAGCCGCCCGCGCGCAGCCUCCUCCUACAGCUCCGGCGCGGUCCCGCCCCGGGGCGGUCUCUGGCUCCGUGCCGCCGCUCUGCCUGCCGGCUGCGGAGGCCUCGUUCUAUCCGCCGAGGCCUGGGGGCCCAGCGGCCUCCGGCUCCGCUUCUGCCUCCGUACGGAUCAGCCGCCGGGCGCCGGGUUCGAAUUUCAACUGUGGACUUAAGAAAAGGAGAUCAAGAAAAGAUGGACUGGAAUGUAAGACCACUCCAGAAUGCAGAUGCACAGAAUAACCUGCAAAGUCAAGAAUCCUGUUACACUCAAAUGCUUUCUAAUGCACAAGCUUUUCCUCAAACAAAUGCACUUUCUUCUGAAAAUGCAUGCAAUUAUGUGGGAAAUAACCAAGUGUAUCUACCAACUGUUAAUACUGCUUUACCAGGAACAUCUGUAGCCAUAAAAAAUUUUCUUACCUCGGAAUACUCAGUCAAUCAGUCUCCACCAUCCUAUGUACCACCUGCACCGACACUUCCCAAUCAGACAUCACGUGCACAGGGGGAGAUGACUCAGAACUCUUGGCAAAACUCUGGUAGGCUUAUUUCUUCUCAUAGAAAGCUUCCUCUCCUGUCUUCUCAAAUGAGUGGUGGAAACAGCGUGCCAAAUGUGUUUCGAGGACCUCAUUAUGCCACUUCAAACAGUUAUGCUGUUUGUUCACAAACAUCACAGCAGCGUUCUCUGAGAACUAUGUUGCAUCAAAGUAACCGUGAAUGCAUUAAUUCUUCAAAGUUGGGGUGCGUCCCGCAGUAUAACACAAAUACCUCUGCUUCUUCUCAAAGCAUUUCUGUUCCUGUCAAUCAGUCAUCCAGUCAAUAUCUCCAUCCCCAGAAUAACUGUCUCUCUUUCGGUACAACUGGGCAAAUGCAUAAUUCCAAUAAUCAGAUUCAGUUUUCACAGUCACUGAGUCAAAAUACUGCAACAAAUGUACAGUUGCCACAAUAUGUGCCAAGUCAGAUGGGAUCAGGAGCUCCCAGUGGAUGUUCUGCACCAUCUUUGUUGCCUGCCAACUAUGAUUCAAAAACUGUAGCACAACCUUUGCUAGGUGCACAGCAUACAGUUCACAAUGUGUUUAAUAAAUACCCUCUCCAGGGCUGCCCAUCAGACAAAAAAAGUGCUUCUGGUUUUAACAGUGUUCAGCAAUACUCACUGAAACAUCAACUGGGAGAAGUCAGUCAAGGCGUUAGGAAUGGCUGUAAUUCAAGUGGAAAUGUGACAGUAAAUCAGCUCUUUAGUGACAAGUCUGCACCCCCCACCGACAUUUCCUCAGAACUUUAUGAUAUUAUGCAAGGAGCAGCACCUUUUUCUUCAAUGGAUGCUUCACAGCCACUGUGUGAUCCUGUUUCAGUUCAAGAAAGGCAGACUACUAGUUCAGUGAAUGUGCCUGCUAAUUCUCAAACUUCUUUAGCAAGAGAAGAUAAAAGAAAAAUGACGAGUGACACUCUAGCUUGGGAAACUCAAAGACUGCAAGUUAUUAAAAGAAAAUGUGCUCUGCUUGAAAGGAUGCACCAGUAUAGAAGAAAAUUUUUGACUUCAAAAUGUGACAAAAGCACUUCCACGCUUCCUCCAAGUUAUGAAAAUGCACUCUCUAAUCGUCUUUCUCAGAUGCCCAAGCAAAAUGUAGUAUCUUCCCUAUCACAGGCAGUGAGGACAGACAGUCAGCAGCACUCUAUUUUUGGAUCUUCACCUGAAGGAAGAAAUGACAAAAACAUAAUUGGUGGUGACAGCAGAGGGUUAGAAGUGACUCAGGGUAAUCAUCAGGUAGAGCAGGGAAGCCUUUCAUCAGGGCCCCUUCCCAUUCCUUCCCACAGUGAACUUACAGCUCUAUUAAAUAAUCCUGAGAAUUCUCCCAUCUUGGACCAGAAGAAUGCCUUGGCCUCUUCUCAGAAAAUGCUGACAUCCUUGAAUGAUGCUUCAUGUCACAGUCAACCGAAUAGCUCUAGCAGAGAUGCAACAACAAAUGUGGAAAGUUAUCCUGAGAACUCAGCAUUUCUUCAGUUUGUAUUGAGCAGCACAAAUAUGUUAAAAGAGAAGAAAGCUGGUACUAUUGCUGAUAACAUACUGACUAAUCUCCUUUCUAAUGAAAAACAACAGGUAGAUUUAACAGGCUUGGGUGGAAGCUUAUUAAAAGACACUAGUGAGAAAGGUGAUUUGGUAUCUACGGUCCACACACACAAUCCCGUAUCAGGAAUGAUGGAAUCUAAUGCAAAUAAAUUCCAUGGUGAUGUAGCUCAGAAAAAAAUGCAGUUUUCUGAAAGUCCGUGUUUUAAACAGAACAAUGGUAAUUAUUCUCUAGAAGAGCUAACUGCAUGCCUAGGCUUAUGGAAAAAACAAGGUCCAGAACCUGUGAGUGUUCAAAAUAGCCAGUCAGAUGAAAACACUGCAGCAAAUCAGAUCUCAUCAUUACCUCACAGCCAAAACACAACAAAUAAGAGAGAACAAGGUAAUCUUCUGGUUAGCACAGAUGUAACAGUCUUGCCUUUAACAACCACUUCCAUAGGACAAAAACAUGACAUGUUAAGUUGCAAUUUGAUAAAAGGUUUAGAACUUCAAAUUGCAGUUGUCUCUCCUUUAGUGCUUUCUAAUCAGAGAGCUCAGAGUGAACAGGUAGACAAAUGUCCAACAUCUGCAGAUAAAACCUAUCCAGUGAUUGACACAGGAAGCAUACGCAGCAUGCAAGAAGAGGGGAAAAAUGUGGUAAAUACUGAUAAAGGAACAAUAGAAAGUGUUUCUUCAUCACCUGAUGACUGCAUUCUGAUACAGACGGAGGACCCAUGUUUACAACAGACCAAAUCACCUGAUGGAAAGAGAAUAGUAGAAAACAGUAUGAAUGCAAAUAAUUCAUGUGGUGAAAACAAAAGGAAACUCAGUCAAGCCAUGAGAGAUGCUGAAGAAAAUCUACAGAACAAACUUCUUCCUGAAUUGGGCCAGAGUUUUUCUAGUAAAACAUUCCAAGAAGAUAUAAAAGACCAUGAUGGCAAGAAAGCAGUGGUAGGGACACAAAAUAAUACUCCCUCAGCUGUGAUAGAAGAACAGAUGUUCCAUAUUGCUAGCGUAUGUUCCCUUGUUGAAGGUGAUAAAUCAUAUAAUCCACAAAUAGCGAGCAUGUUCAGCUCGGUCCCUCAGACACAUGCAUUUAACAGUGGUACCCCAUCAGAAGAAAAUGCGUCUGACCCAAGGCAAAAGGAGCAGCUGAUGAAAUUGAAUAAAAAUGACCUGAGGGAGAACGCUCCUCAGCGAGAGACCUUGCUGCAGAAAGCAUUGCGAGAAUCAUCAUGCUGCAUUAGUGAAAUAGAUGAGAUUUUGAAUAGUACUAUAACUAGCCAUUCUAAGAAAGAAAGCAGUGGCAAGCUUCCUAGCACAGUUUCUACCUCAGAGCAAAAAAAGCCAGUAAAUACAUUUUUCAAGUAUCCUGAAAAUGACUUGGGAAUUCUUGCUAGUAUAAACCAGGAGUUAGCUAGAAAUUCACUAGAUUCCUUGGUAAGCGUAACUGCUGAAACAAAUGCAUUCACUGUUACAACAUGCAGCAGAAAAGAAAAUGUCGCAUCCACUAAAAAGAGCGUAGAAGAGCUACAUGUUUUUGGAGCAGAGCCCAUUACAUAUCUAGAUAAUCAGCUUACUGAACUUAUGAAAGAAUUUCCAUUUGGCAUUGAAGGGGCUGAUAUUCUGACAAAAGAACCAGCAAGAAACAAUUCUGUGGCUGAGCAGAGAGAGAAUCAAGCUCAAAAAGAGACUCAUGUUUCUGCCAAAAAAACUGAUUCAAAGAACCCAAUAGAUCAGCUACAAAUUGCACAGUUAAACUCUGGUCAGGUGCAGGAGUUACUUCCUGAAAAGAAGCUAUGUUCUUCUACUGAAAACAGUGGAGCAUUGAGUCAACAGUCUGAAAAGACUCCAACCCAGGAGGGCAGCCUUGAAUGCAGUGUUCAGCCCAGUCAAAGUCUAUGUAAGGAGAAAGAAAACCCACAAUCCCCUUCCAGCUCCGGAAAUAAAGAGGUUUGUAGUUUAAUGGGUUGUCUAUCUGUGUCGGGUGAAAUGUCACAGAGCUCCUGUAAACGUAGAACUUCUGUUUCAGAUAAAAAUGCCGAGCAACUUUCAGAAGCUGAAAACACUAACUCUGCAGGAAGACAAGAAAACAACAGUAAAUCUGAUGCCAUAAUGAAGAACAACAGUGUGGUAGAAAACCCACCAAUUUGUGAAAAUGUUCAAAAUAGCAUUCAGAAAAAUAAAAAAGAUGUAUGCAAAUACACCUCUGUAACAAAUGAAAAAUCCAAGAGGAACAACGAACACAAACCACUUUCACCACAACUGGGAAAAAUUGGGCCACUUAAUUCCUCUGAAAAACAAGAUGUUAAUAGUUCAAAAAGCAGUAACUUGAAGGAAGAAAUGCAAGAGUCUGGAAGAACUCCGUUGUUAAAGAAAGAAUUUUAUUGUGACAAAAAAGAUCAUCAGAAAGUCUCAGAAGGGGAGUUGUCAGAGAAAGCUGGUUGUACAGACACAGAUAAUAUGAUGAAGUCAUCUGAAAAGAAGGAGAGAAUUUUCAAAAUGAAGUCCCUUUCAAAAGAUAAAACCAGAACAGAUUUGGCCACGAAAUCCCAAGGAGACCUUCAUAAGUAUACAAAGUCAGAGAAUGUUGCAGUUAAGCACAGUGAAGUCUGUAAAGGACAAAAAAGAAAAAUCCGUGACAAGAAUACGAGUAAAGAACAGAACUGCAAGAAACGAAAUGUAGGAAUUAAUACUGAAGGGAAAGCAAAGUUAUCUCCAGAAAUAAAACGUGAAAAGGUGAAUAGUUGUCAAGCGGAAGCUAUGAAGUUCCCAAACUUUGGCAUUAGAGACUUAAAGCCAAGCAACAAUACAUUUUCUCAGCAUAAAUCUAUUAAAGCACAUCCGCCACAGGAGGAGUCAUGCAAACGAAAGAGGAAGGAUAAUAUGAUUGGAAAAACAAGCUCAAAAAAAACAAAGGUGAAAGAUGAAAGGCUAGAACAGUCUGAAACAAAGAAUUCCAAGCGGCAUUCAAAUGAUCACAAGAAAAAUACUGACAAGACUAAAAAGCUGAGUGGAGAAAAUGUCUGGAAACCUAAGAAUUCAUUAGCAGAUCGCUCUAUGCUUAAACUACAGAGAAGAAGGGGUCUAUCUACCAUCUCCAAAAACCACUUUUCUAACAAAGAAAGACAUCUUGAUGGCCAAAACAAAGACAAGUGUUCCGAGAAAAUGUUUUCUGAUAAAAACUUGCUAUAUUUAAACAGAAGAACAAACAGAUUAAAAUUACAUCUUCAAAAGGAACCCAAAAAACACUACCUAAAUAGAGUUGCGUUUAAACGUACUGCUCAGGAACGCAUAUUUCUGACAAAGUUGGAGACGUCACCUGUCAGGCCUGUCUUGCAUGUAAAGUCUGAAGUAUCACAACAUAGUCUAGAUUCAAAAAGAGAUGCUUCUCUCUCUGAAAAUGAGAAACCAGGGAAACGGCAAGUGCUUGAAUUUAAGCUGUGUCCAGAGAUACUGUUCAGAAAUUCAGUCACUGAUGAUGAAAGCUUAGCUGCAAAGAAUUUUCUGGAAAAAGAGAAAACUACUGUGGCAGGUGUCAAGAGUAAAAAAGAAGAUUGGUUAAAGUAUGAUUCGGUGAAGCAAAAAAAGUUGAAGGAGAUCUUUACAGCUGAGGACUGUAUUCCACUUGAUACAGCCAUAGAAAUACUGGAAGGAGAUGACAAGGCUCUUCACAUUCCGACGAAAGACUCCAAACAGAUGUUUCAAACCUACAGGAAAAUGUAUCUGGAAAAAAAGAUGGAAAAGCCUGGAUAGCACUCCUGUAUCAUACAUCAUACUUGAUACUACUGGGAAAAAAAUGCUGACAUUAGGAUUCUUUUUCCAGUUUACUUCAUUUUUUUGCAUAAGU